UGAAAGACAGAUGCGCUUUGAGUUGUUUUUGCCAUCUCAAGCUUUAUUUUGUGACUCUCUCCUUGGACCAGGACAAUGUACGCAGCCGUUACUCUCUUCCUCUUCAUGUGCUUGACUGCCACUACCCAUGCAGAUCACCAUCAGCCGUGUCAUUCACCCAACAUGACAGGAACCAUGUCUGUGAUGAACCUCAAGGGUGAAGCGAAAGGAUAUGGCGCAUUCACUUAUGAUUCGAUGGGCAAGAAACUACGGUUCAUAUCAAACGAGAGCUUUGCCACAAACUCAUCAGUAGACGUGGAUCUGCUGAUGCUUUUUGAUGAGGGGCUAUUCUACGAGAUCGACAGCAAAAACCAGAGCUGUGAGAAAAAACAAUUGCAAUGCACCCUGAACCCUCUGGAUAUUCCUGAUGAUGCAAAGUUUCAUGCUACAGUACAGCCUGGGAAUCCAUCCAUCGAAGGGGAGGGAUUAAAAGUCAAUAUGUGGACGGGAUCAAUGCCAGAGGUGAAAGGCGGGUACAGCAUGUUUGUAACCAUGGGAUGUCUGCCCAUGACCUCAUUUUACUUCUUUGAGUCCACGUCAUUCGUAAUCAGCAACAUGGACAUUGAACUGGAGAUCAAGGAUCCAGAUCUCCUUGUGGUGCCUUCCUUUUGUGUGGGGCAGGCUUUGGUGGAGACACCUGAAGGGACAAUAAAUAGUUUCCUCAAUGAGUUCAUGUAGAUGAAACCCAGCAGAAAAUCAAACCCCUAUCCAAGUGUGGCCUGCCAGAACUUUAGACUUUUCUCUCCUUUUCACGUGUGACUCGAGUUUAUCGCGUCGCACUGCACUACAUCACAUCUGUUUCCAUCACAUCUCCCCCUCCCCCUUAUGAAGAUAUGGCUUUGAAUGGAUCAUACUGUAUACAUACAUUUUGAUAUAAAGGAAAGAGAUGUGACAUGGAUUAUAGAAUUAGUCAUAAUUACUAACAGUUGGUGGCUUUUCAAGUUGGUACUGCUUACAAAAACCUGUAAGAUAUGAUUAAUGGAACAAUAAAAUGUCAAAGCUGU